AUGACGAGUAAAUUAUCAAUCUUCGAGAGCGUAACAACAGUGCACGGAUUUAAUAAAUUGACAAGAGGCUCUUCAAAGAAAAUAUGGAGGUCAGCGCUCUUUGCAAACUUUCUGCUGACCAUCAGUUACCUCAUCGUCAUCAGGAAUAGGAAAUCUUCUAACAUCUCGGAAGGUAGAAUAGAACUAUUCCUUCAGAGUCUGCCGAACUUGAUAGACUACGACAAUCCUAACGAACGGAACGAUAACUUCACGGAUAUACUGCACAUACUGAACACACAUUACUUCUCCGUCGAGACUAUCAUGCAAGAGAUGCAUCAAAAAUGUGCGGACCUUCUUUUGUAUUGCACAUUUAACCGAAAAGUGAAGAACUGCAGCGAAAUCUUUACCUUGAUCAAAACUUAUGAAGGUCAUUGCUGUGCCUUUAAUUACGCCGCGUUGAAUGAUGAUAGUGGUCAAAUGUACGAGGCCAUAUAUGAUGAUGAUGAUGAUGAUGUGGAACACUAUGAAGAUUCUGAUGACAAUAAGCAUCUCAGCAUUGUAGUCACCUCUGAAUCGGGCAGAGGUUCAGGUCUCCUGGUUGUCUAUAAUGUAGAUCCAACGGACUAUCCCCGUUGGUCAUUGUCGCCGUCUUACGGUGCCAAGAUCCUUAUAAGCGAUCCUAACGACUAUCCCGAAGUGACAGUGCUGUACAAACGAGCCGACGCCGGACAGUCGUUGGACCUCAAGGUCCAGGCUUACAUCUUCCAGGUCGAAGAAGACCUUCGAAGAAUCGAUCCAAUCAACAGAGGAUGCGUCUUUCACGAUGAAGUAAAAUUGGAACACACUGAUAGAUUUUCUACGGAAACGUGCAGAACAGAGUGCCGGAUGAAAAGUUAUCUGAAUUACUGUGGGUGUGUUCCCUAUAAAUAUCCUAAGGAGCCUGCAUCAUCUCGCUUCUGUGACUUCAAGGAUUUGGAAUGCUUGAACCAUUUCAGAGCAAAAGGCUCGCGCCUGGAACGAUGCGACCCGCUCUGCUACUUCGAGUGUCGUGAUCAGAGAUACAGCAUCACCGGUGACGUCACGCCUCUGCUGGCCGAACUGUACCCUUCUAACGUAAUGAGCGGACACAAUCUGAGCGAGCUGUCGUCCCUCAGAGUCUACUUUGACAAGCCCACGUGCAAUUGCUACAAGCAGAUGCUGCUGAUGGACUUCACUACCUUCGUUGGUAUACUGAAACUCGAACCUCGAAACCUUUUACUAAAAAUAGUAUUAUCUCGCAAGUUUUUAAUGUACAAGCGAUUCCUAAUGAAGUUCUAA